CCCGGGGUGAGGGAGAAGAAGCCCCGCGCGGCCGCCAUCUUAGUCAAGGCGUUCGCGAGGCCCCCGCGGUUUUUCCCGCGCAAAGGCGCGCGGGUGGGAAGGGGGGGCGCCCCCCACGAAAUAAGAAAGUAAAUCCCCGGCUCCAGGAUGCCCACGACGUGCGCCGCGUUCGGCUGCAAGUCCGUGGUGAGCAAAAACAACGACAUCAGUUUCCACAGGUUCCCGCUGGACCCGCUGCGGCGCCGUGAGUGGGUGCGCCGCGUGCGCCGCAUCAACUUCGUGCCGAGCCGCCACACGUCGCUGUGCUCCAAGCACUUCCACUCCUCCUGCUUCGACCGCACGGGGCAGACCACGCGGCUACGCGACAACUCGCUCCCCUCCAUCUUCAGCUUCCCCAAGUACACGGCCUCCACCUCCCGCCGGCGACUCAAGAAGAAGAAGCUGCAGCUGCAACUGCAGCAGCAGGAGGAGCAAGAAUCACAGUCCCAGCCGCCACCGCAGUUACAGCCACUGUCUCAGGAACAGGAGCAGCAGUAUGAGCUGCAGCUGCAGCUACAGCAGCAGCAGCAGCUCCAGCAGCUGCUGCUGGAUCAGCCGCAGCUGGCCCCGCAGCAGCCGCAGCAGCAGCAGCAGCCGCAGCAGCAGCUGGAAGAUGGCGCCGACUCCGCCGCCGCCGCCACGUCCCCUCACCCCAAGCGGCGGCGCCGACGCGUCAAGCUCCUGGACGACGGCUCCGUGGCCGGCGAGCUGGCGACCUUCGUCAACGCCACGCACUUCAUGCCGAGCCCCGGCCACGACGGCGACGGCGGCGACGGAGACGGCCCCGACGGCGGCGGCGACGCGCCGGCCGACGCCGCCGGCGCCCCGAGCCGCGCCAGCGCCGUGGCGACGGUGGGGCGCCUCCUGUCGGUGGCGGGCGUGUGCGCCCCGCCGGCGCCGCGCGGAGUCGGCCUCGAGCACAACUACUCGCUGGGCACGCCCGGCGUGGCCAAGCGCAAGAUCGUGCGGCUCGAGGAGGAGCUGGAGGGGGCGCGGCGCAAGCUGAAGCUGUGCCGGCAGCGCGCGCGCCGGGCCGAGCGGCGCUGGCGCGACCUCCGUGAACUCGUGGAGGAGUUGCAGGCCAAGGAGCUGCUUCCCAGCGGGAGGGCGAGCACCAUCUUGCAGAGGGCGCUCACGGACAUCUCCCUCACCAUGUAGGGCUGCGGUGGCGGUGAUGGCAGCGGUGAUGAUGGCUGCGGUGGUGGUGAUGGUGAUGAUGACGGUGAUGAUGGUGAUGAUGGCGAGCACCAUCUUGCAGAGGGCGCUCACGGACAUCUCCCUCACCAUGUAGGGCGGCGGUGGCGGUGAUGGCAGCGGUGAUGAUGGCUGCGGUGGUGGUGAUGGUGAUGAUGGCUGCGGUGGUGGUGAUGGUGAUGAUGACGGUGAUGAUGGUGAUGAUGGCGAGCACCAUCUUGCAGAGGGCGCUCACGGACAUCUCCCUCACCAUGUAGGGCGAUGGCGGUGGUGGUGAUGGCGGCGGCGGCGCCGGCGAUUUCCCCGUUGUAGCCUGUAACGGACUGUAGGGGCAAGUGCUGUUAGCGAGUAACACCUAUGAAGGCCGACACGGCACACGAGGGGGUGGGUGGCCAACACCACGCCCGGCCGCCUUUGUCUCCCCAGAGGCGAUGUUUACACAACGCACCAGGUAACUCGUUUUAGGCUGAGUCGACCUAGGGGAGGCUCGGGACCGGUUCUGACAAUCGUCGCUGGUGUUGGCCGUGAGCGGGAAUCGAACUCGGGACGCCUGGUUUGUAGUGCAGCGUAGCGCUAACCGCUCGCACACACACUCGCUCACACACACACACACUCGCUCACACACACACUCGCUCACACACACACACUCGGUCACACACACACUCGCUCACACACACACUCGCUCACACACACACACUCGCUCACACACACUCGCUCACACACACACACUCGCUCACACACACACACUCGCUCACACACACUCGCUCACACAAACACUCGCUCACACACACACACACUC